AUGGAGGAGUCGGUUGAUGAAGAAGAGAAGAGGGAUGAACAAGGCUUCGAUGAACAAAAUAAUGAUAUAGACUUUAUCUAUAAUGAUGCGGAUGAAUAUGGUGUUGAAAUAUCUGGUAUGUACUCAGAGCUCUACAGUUACUCAGAGGAGAAUGAGUUCAUGGAGAACGUUCAGGCAUUCACAGAAACGUUUCAAAGUGUCGGCAAGUGGGUUGAUGUUGACGAUAAGACUCGCCGAGGUUAUGUGAACAAAUUGCUUGAUAUCCUUGAAUCGUCAGAUAAGGACAAUCGCAUUAAAGCAGCUCGUUCACUUCUCUACCUACUUCAAGGUGUGUUUAAGGAGUGUGAUCUUGAGGAAGACCAAAUAACCUGGGCUCGAAGAAACGUUUAUCUUUGCAUCGAGUGUGGAGUUUUAUCUUCGGUACUGUCACUGCUUUUGUUGGAGAUUCGAUACGAAAAUUGGGCAAGGAAUUUGAGCUCGGCAACACCUGAUUCAGAUGCUAAUGGCGAUGUAUCCAAGAAACAGUCAGUCACAUUGCUAAACAGCACGAAUAUUCGCAUAGUUCUGUCGAUAAUUUACACCAUCGUUGAGACUGUUCGCGACGGAUGUCAAUCAGCAAACGCUAAUAGAUCCGUUGCCGCCUCAACAGCUGCGAUGGCGAAGCCCCCACUCUUCUCCUCAGUUGACCAUACAGCCAAGCUACGAGACCAGCUCAUUGAGGAGUUGGGUUCACCCAUAAACAAUGGUAGUUGUUUAGCAAUUGUCCUUUUUGGAAUGGUACACCGAUUUUGUAGCGGACUUGCUCCUCAUUUUCCUAUGAAGAAAACGAUUCUCCUCCUCUGGAAAACAAUUUUGCUCACUUUGGGUCCGCUCUCAAGUCUCUUUGAGAGAAAAAAUCGUGAUCGUUGUUUGGCCAACCUACCCGAGCUUCAUGAGGACACUCAUAUGGUUAUCCGUCGGAUCCGAGCUAAUAGCCCACCAGCAAAUCCCGCAGACAGUCUCCUUAAUCGACCUGUACGUCCCAACAAUCGUCAUUCUGCGAUUGGACAGGGGACUCAAGGUCCCCAUCAGGGGAGUCUAGCCGGUGGCCGCUUGGCUGUACAGCAACAAAUAGCUCAGCAGCAGCUGCAGCAACAAUUGAAUCAGCGCCAAAUGCAACGGCGGUGGAACAUUACGUUUAAUCUCCCUAACUCCGACAACGGUGGUGUUGGUGGUGGUGAGUCAAUAGAAGAAAAUGCGUCCCUUGGUAGCUCCACUCCGCGACCCGGUUCGCCGGUGAAAAGUGCAGACGGGAAUGAUUCGACGUUGACAAAUAUAAAUCCAAAGUUCUCACACUCUAUUCUCUCCCAGCAGCUCAUUACGGGUAUCAUGAACUCCCUUGCCGAUGUGAAAGUUUUGCCCUGGAGGCCGAAGGUUCGUACCAGCGAUAUUGAGAAUUUUCUGGACAGUGCCAGACAAAAGUUUAUUGGGUUCCGAGUAGCAAACGAUACCACUACGUUGUAUGGACUGCCAGAACCGAUUCAUGAAGCUGUUAAGGUGCUGAAGAAGUACCAUUAUAUGUCGCUCGGUGAGGUUCAAAUCAAAAGGGAGGCGGAUUUCGCCAAGUAUCCCCUUCUCCUUGUAGAGCGCUUGUACGUUGCAAUGCUUCCCCUUUUGCCUCAGUACAUGAUCGCAAUACUCAAGGUUCUGCUGGCUUCCGCACCCACCUCACGCACAAAAACUGAGCCCAUCAAUAUCUUAGCCGAAAUAACUCCUCCUGACGCGCCAGACAACCAGUUGCAGACUUUGAUAAUGAAUUACGAUGUCAACCGGCACCGCGAAAUCAUUGUGAAGGCCAUCUCGGGUCUCCUGCUGCUACUGCUUAAGCACUUCAAGUUGAAUCACAUUUACCAAUUUGAAUACAUCUCACAGCUUCUUGUCGUCGCUAAUUGCAUCCCAUUGGUCCUGAAAUUCUUCAACCAGAAUACUCUACUCUACGUACAGGCUAAAAAUAGUAUCUCCUGUUUGGAUUUCCCUGCUCGUGUCAUUGGAGAAGUUCCACAGUUAACGCCCGAAAUGCUAAGCAGUGAUUGGUCCCCUUGCUGCUGGCGCAAUAUGUUCUCUUGCAUCAAUCUGCUCCGAAUCUUGAACAUGUUGACCAAGUGGAAACACUCCCGAACCCUGGUGAGUUAG